UGGGGGCGAGUGAUGACGGGGUGAGCUGUGCCAUAGCCUUUGAUCUGAUCCGCCUGCUUGCGCACUCGCCGGAGAUGGUGCUCCUGUACGAUGUGGUGUUUGUGUUCAAUGGUGCGGAAGAAGCCUUUAUGGAAGGGGCGCAUGGGUUUAUCACACAGCACAGAUGGGCGAAGGAUAUACGAACGUUCGUUAAUCUGGAAGCGGCCGGGAGUGGGGGGAGAGAAGUGGUGUUCCAGACAGGCCCUGGGGAUGAGAUCGCAAGCCUAUAUGCAUCGCUUGUACCACACCCCCACGGAAACGUGCUGCUGCAAGAGUUGUUUGAGACAGGCGUUAUUCCUGGGGAUACCGACUUCCGGGUGUACAGAGACUUUGGCGGAAUCCCAGGCGUGGAUCUGGCCUUCAUAGCCAAUGGCUAUGUAUACCACACCAAACUAGACACGGUCGACCGCAUACCCUUGGGAGCUGUGCAACGUGCGGGUGAGAACAUCCUUGCGAUGUUGACAGGCUUCCAGAGUAUGCUACAGAUGGAAGAUGCCUUCAAGCCGUCCACUACCAAGCCUGUGUUCUUCGAUGUUCUGGGUCUGUGCAUGGUAACGUACGGUCACAGCACCAAACACAUUCUGCACACAAGCAUGCUGCUACUACUGGGUGCACUUCUUGCACACCGCAAUUCUCGAGACCCCGAAGGCAUGUUCCGAGCCUCUCGCGCCCACUCCGUGUCUAUAGUUGGCGGGAUAUUGUGUUCUAUGCUUGUGGGUUGUGCCAUGCUUGCUAUCAG